AUGAUAGAAGGACCAGAAGGCCGGGAAGUUCUUGACGAUGUGGGCACCAAGGCAGAGGACAAAGCUGUUGAGGAAUUGGUGGAGGUGCGAGUUGAUAUGGAGCGGCCGGAUAAGUUCUUCCUGCUCGUGGUGCAGGAAAUAUUUUUAGCCGGUUCAGAAACAACUAGCAGCACCAUCGAAUGGGCCAUGACAGAACUCCUCUGCAACCCAAAGAAGAUGAUCAAGGCCAAAGCCGAGCUCAUUGACAUCGUUGGACCCAAUCGAAAAAUGGAAGAGUCUGACAUCGACGGUCUACCAUACCUGCAAGCCGUGGUGAAGGAAACGCUCCGUCUACACCCUCCGAUCCCAUUCCUAGUCCCUCGAAAGGCAAUUCAAGAUACCAAUUUCAUGGGCUACCACAUACCCAAGAACACCAAAGUGUUGAUUAAUACUUGGGCGAUUGGAAGAGACCCUGAAUGCUGGGACGACCCUAUGGAAUUCAAGCCCGAGAGGUUCUUGGACUCGAAAACCGAUUACAAGGGGCAACACUACGAGCUGAUACCGUUUGGAGCGGGGCGGAGGAUGUGUGCCGGUGUGCCGCUAGCUCACCGGAUGUUGCAUUUGGUUUUGGGCUCAUUGUUGCAUGAGUUUGAGUGGAACCUUAAUGGUCAAGUCACUGCAGAGACUAUGGAUAGAAAGGAGAGGAUGGGAGUAACAGUGAGGAAAUUCGAACCACUGAUGGCAGUGAGCCAAGAGAGGUCCAAACCCAGUCUCAGUGAAGUUUGGAAGGAACAACCAAGUUUUGAAGAAUUUCUUUGGAUGGCGGAUCAUUUCCAUCACGGGGGAGGUUCUCCACAUGCCGAGGAUGAGCCAGACAUCAUGUCAUUGCCUCCGAGGAUUCAGCCUUCUGACCCUGAGAGGUACGACCCUGCAGAGCAUGUCUUACCUCCUGCCACCUUCUAUCACUUUAUUGACUUUGAACGACGAGCACCCGUGGACCUACUGCUACGGGAACCAGAGUCUCAUCUGUCCUACCAGGUAUCUUCCCGUUCCACACGGGAUUAUGGAUCGAUCCUUGCUAUUGAGUGGUAUACGGAGCUCCCAGAUACUGUUCGCCAUAUCGUGGACGAGGCGGGAUUUGGACCUUUCUGCGCGGAGAUAUCACGUUACCCGGCGAGUAGGACCCUUAUGGGGGCACUCAUGGAGAGGUGGUAG